AUGGCGAAUCUGAAACAACAAAAGCAAGAAAUGAGCCGAAGGACACACGAGUACUUCACCGAAGACGACGUAGAGAAUGUGAAGAAAAUGGUGGAAGAAAAGACAGCUGCCGUGUACAGAAAAAGGAGAGCAAUAGAACUGCGGAAAAUCUCGCUCUUGCAAGAACAACGAGUAAAAGAGAUAAACGUCGAGGCAGAAUGGAUAGAGAACACUACCACGACCGAGCUGCCGGAUUAUGUGGAACGCUCAUUAAUGCUCGGCCCGAACUUCAACAUCAAUGAAGUUAGUGGUUUUCCGUACAUCGAAACAGUCGCUAACAUCGAAAAGUAUGUCCAACGGAACGAAAAUGCUGACCAGAUAAGGUCGGAAGUUUGUAAUGCGAUGAUCAACCACAUCCAUUAUCACAAACAACCGCGCCAUUCACCAAAUGAAUGGAUAGAAAAGGACGUCAACAAAAGCAAACGAUUUUUGAGGGAUAACCCAAACCUGGUCAUCACGAAAGCGGACAAAGGCAACAAGAUUGUCAUCAUGGAAACACAGGAGUACCAGUGUAAGAUGGAAGAACUUCUGAGCAACGAGGACACCUACAAAAAGUUGACAACCAAUCCGACGAAUAGAAUUCUGAGAAGUAUCAACAAUCUACUCACCGAGUGGCACAACAAAGGAUACAUCGACGGUAGCACUCAGAGAAAACUGAAGGAAUCCAGCUGCCAUCCACCAAGGAUCUACGGUCUUCCGAAAAUUCACAAGGACAACAGAACCCUUCGACCGGUUGUAUCAACAAUUGGUUCAGCGACAUACAACAUUGCAAAGUACCUAUCGGACAAACUCGGAAACAUAACUGGAAAAACCGGGUCCCAUGUUCGCAACAGUUUCGAUUUUGCUGAGGAAAUAACGGGAUUUCAGACAAACGAGGAGGAGGUACUUUUCUCGUUGGAUGUGGUCUCACUGUACACAAAUGUACCAGUAGACUUUGCAUUGGAAUGUCUUGAAGAGCGAUGGGAGGAAGUGGAACAACAUACCAACAUAGACAAAACGAGUUUCAUUGACGCUGUCAAGCUGGUUCUGGAGUCGACUUUUUUUGUAUACCAAGGAAAGGUAUAUGGACAAACGUUUGGCGUACCCAUGGGAUCUCCACUUUCCCCAGUAAUUGCUAACGUGGUUAUGGAAAAGCUGGAACAGGAGUGCAGGAACAAACUGGAGGAAGAGCAAAUCAGUUUGAGGCUGUAUCGAAGGUAUGUAGAUGACUGCAUGUGUGUUGCUAAGAAUGAACACAUCCAAAAGAUUGUGGACACAUUCAACAGCUUCCAUGAUCGACUUCAAUUCACUGUUGAAGUAGAAAUGGAAGGGAAAAUAAAAUUUCUUGACAUGAUGUUAGAAAGAAAAGAAAACAGCAUUUCAACUACCUGGCUACCGAAGCAAUCAAAUGGAAGGUACCUUGACUAUACAUCCCAUAGUCCCUUCCAACAUAAGAAAAACACGGCGAUCGCUCUCAUUGACCGUGCAAUUAAACUGACAGGUGUUGAAAAACGUGAAGAUGCGCUGAAACAAGCAACACAUAUCUUGAGGAUAAAUAAUUAUCCUCUAUGGUUUAUACAGAGGAUAAAAUCAGAAAGAGUCCACAAGCACUACAACUCGCUACAGUCGAACGACUGUGAACAUCCGGUCCUGAAAUAUGUUUCAGCGCCUUACAUACCCUGUCUCAGCGAGAAGUUGCGCAAAACGUCAUCCUUGCUUCAAGACCACAAAACAAAAUAA